ACCUCUCAACCCCCUCAUCACAAUAAAUAGAGCUAUACGCUACACAAAAACAUCCCACAAAUGUAACAUCCUUUCUCUCUCUCUAUCCCCUUAGAUUCCUAAAAUAUUGCCACAAUUUUUCUACUGGUGCCAUCUUGUUGAUCUCUACGUAGCACAAGCUUUCACUAUUAGAGAAUCACCCCCCCAAAUGCUUUUCUUCCUUGUGUCCUUCCUCUCCUUCAUCCUCCUCCUCACCAAGCUCUUCCUCCUUCAGCUCCCUUCAUGGGUUUCUGAGAUGAAGCUCCUCUCCCUCCUCCUCCUCCAGGAAUCCUUAGCCCACCUCAUCCAUUUCUUUAAAACCCACAAGCUGACCACUACCCUAUUCUUGCAACCCUCAUCCAAGAUGAUCAUCACCAAGAAAAACGAACCAAGACCCGACGUCGUCGUCGUCGAAGAGGAGGCAAUGAAUCUGCUGGAUAUGCCUGAACUAGCCUUGGAUUUGAUCCUUGAGAAGCUAAACCCCGAAGGGUUAUUGAGCGUGUCAAAUGUGUGCACGUCACUGAGAGAGAGGUGUACGAGUGAUUAUCUUUGGGAGAGGCAUUUUAGAGAGAGAUGGGGGAGAGUUAUAGGCGAGUCGGCGAGGAGAGAAUGGGAAUUUUACUUUGAUUCGUUGAGAGAGAGCAAGAAGAAUGGGGUUGAGAGGAGCAAUUGGGUGAUGGAGACUAUCUUGCGUGCUUGGCCUUGUUCUUGGUUUGUGAAGGAGAGCGGGAGCCAUUUGUUGAUCGAUGAUGAUGAUGAUGAUGGUGUUGAUGUUGAUGAUGAUGGUGGUGGUGAUUGUGUUAUGGCUUGGUAUCUUGCUCUUGAGAGCGGGAGAUUUUGGUUUCCUGCUCAGGUCUACAAUCGAGAGCAGAAUGGACAUGUUGGGUUUAUGCUGUCAUGCUAUGAUGCAGAGCUUAGUUAUGAUUCACACACGGAUACCUUUAAAGCAAGGUAUCCACCUCAUGGACAAAGGGGUACCAAUAUGGAGGAAGGAGUUGAAUGGGAAAGACUACGAGCUCCACCCGUGAGCUCUCCUGCACACGAUCUUCAUAUAUCCAAAUGCUUAAACGAUUUGAGACCAGGGGAUCACAUCGAAAUCCAAUGGAGACGAAACAAAGAAUUUCCUUAUGGAUGGUGGUAUGGGGUUGUAGGCCAUUUGGAGUCCUGUGAUGGAGAUGAGCAUCAUUGUCGUUGUUAUAAUAGCGAUACCGUAGUACUAGAGUUCAACCAAUACUCUCCCGGCUCAAGAUGGAGAAGGACGGUCAUCGGCCGGAAGGAUCACAGAGAAGAAGGAAACGAAUCUGAUGGAUUUUACGGAGGAAUCAGAAAACUCCACGACAAGUAUGAGAUCUCUACAUGGAGAAGAUUGUGGCCAACCGAGAUACUGGAAUAAAAUUUACCUGGGAUUAUUUGUAAAUGGUCAAGAAUCGAGCUCAACUCGAUGUAUAUAUAAUAGCCAAUUUAGUUGCAAUGUUUCUCGUCUUUCAAAA